AUGCCUGCAUGCUGGGAAGAUGGCAGCUUCUCGGGGCUCACGAGUCAGGGCUCACGAGUCAGGGUCAACCUCCAGGAGUUCCAGAACGCGAUGCUUCUGCCGCGCUUCGCGAACUUCCUGGAAUCGAUGGGAAUCUCCACGGAAGACAUUGGCAUCUUAUUCACGGUGAUGGACUCCGACAGGAGCGGCCUCAUCGAUUUGGAUGAGUUUGUCCAGGUCUCGCUGUGA